GUCUUAUUGUUUACAAUUUCUCUGGUAAAACAUGGCGGUUGACAAAGUCAGAAAUGGCAGUUAGAACUCUAAGAGGCUUAAAAAUUAAGCAUUUAAUCGUUCUGUUUGGAAAAACAAAUUCUGUCGGGCAGCUGUCAAGUUCAUGUUUUACUUCCUGAUAUUUUAUUUCUCUUCUUGUGUCUCGUUAGCCUUAGAAGCUAUCUUGUUAGCGAGCUAACUAUCUACAGUGAACAAUGACAGCGACGUCUGCAGGUAGCGGUAGCUACCUUGCCGCUAAAGGUCUGGAUAUAAGUUUGGCUGCUUUGCGGAGGCAAGACCCAUACAUAAAUAAUAUUGUGGACGUCGCAAGCCAAGUCGCUUUGUAUACUUUCAACAAUAGGUCAAAUGAGUGGGAAAAGACCGAGGUUGAAGGCACUCUUUUCGUUUACACGAGGUUGGCCUCUCCCAGGCAUGGCUUCACAAUAAUGAAUAGACUCAGCAUGGAGAAUCUGACAGAGCCAAUCACCAAAGAUCUGGACUUUCAGCUCCAGGACCCAUUCCUGCUAUACCGCAAUGCACGUUUGGUUAUUCACGGGAUUUGGUUCUAUGAUAAAGAAGACUGUCGCCGUAUUGCUCAGAGGAUGAAGAUCCUGACCCAACAGGAGCAGGUCUUGGCUCAGUCUCAGGGCGGUUGGUUAUCCCCAGGAGGAGGAGGAGGAGGAGGAGGCUUAGGAAUACCAGGAGGGGGUGGAAGUGACGGGAAAGCGGUAGACAUUAUCCAGAUGCUGACCAAAGCACGCACAGAAUAUGAUAAGGAUAAGUCCACUUCGGAGCCAAAGGAGAUUGGUGGCAGCAGUGUCCUAUAUGGAAACCCUAACUUGAUUAAACCAAUACCUGUUAAACCACUCACUCAGGACGAUGAAGGCACAGAACCUAAGUCUCUGUCUCUGGCCACCUUGUUUGGUUCUCAGCAUUCACCUAAAUUGGACCCAGUCUCACCAAUGGCUGCUGCUGCUACAGGUUCAUCCACAGGAAAAGUUCUUCGGCCACCUGUAGCCCGUACGCUGACCUACGAUGGUAAAUUGAAGUCUGGAAGUGUGUCCUCCCAGGGAGGCAAUGUUGCUAUGGCUGUGUGUUCAGAUGGAAGGAUCAGGACUGUGGGAGAAGAUGCUCAGCAGCAGCAGGAGAACCAGUCUCAGCACUGUCCGGCCAUUCAGAAGCUCAUGCACGGACAGAGAGGAGCUGGUGUUGUGCUCCAGACUCUGUCUGAGUCCCCUGAGAACAAGCUAUGUGACAAUGGGGUGCCACUGGAGCAUCACCACCACCAUCACCAUCUUUACCAUCAUCAGCAACAGCGCCACCACCAUCAUCACCAUCAACAGCAUCAACCUGACCCAAUUAAAAAACUUUUUCAAACACAGACAGGUCCUCUUGCCUCCUCCUCCUCCUCCUCCUUCCCCUCUACUGUCUCUUCAUGUUGCUCCAAGUCUCUUCCUCUGCAGCAGAACCCCCACCUCACUUCUCCAUCCGUAGUGGUGGAUCCUGUGUCAUGUUCCCACCUUCAACUGCAACAAAACCAGCAGCUAUUUAUCAGCCUUUCCAAGCCUCAAACAGAAGCUCAGCACAACAGCCAGUCGGCUCUGACAGCACAGGGAUCAGGUUUGCUGCCAUCUCAGGGGACGAAUGACCAAGGCAUUCAACCUCUACAAGGUCCGUCUUCUCAGAUGCCAGGUGUGGUGUCUCCUCAUGAGCUCCUCCAUAAGCUCCAGCUUGUCCAGCAGGAGCAAAUCCAAGCCUCCCCGGAUCCACCUCGACUCUGUCCAGGACUUGCCCCUCGAUUCUUGGGGCCCACUCAAAGCCAAGGUGCAGACUCCGUUGGUGAUCCGGUGUUUAACCAAACUGCAGCAGCUCUAGAUCAAAAGGCCACAAUGCAGUUUCAGGUCAUCUCCCCCCAGAGAAUACCAGCCACUGUGGCCCCCACACUCCUUCUCUCUCCCAGCGUGUUCUCUCAGGCAAAGUCCACUAGCAGCUUGUCAACAGGUGCUAAGGAGAGCUGUCCUGCCCCCCUAAACCUGCCCAGACCCUUGGUGCAGGAGGAGGUCAGAGUUUUGUCCAGAAGCCAGCUCCAGCUCACACUGCUCCAUCUGAUACAGACUGACAGCUCAUUCCUGGACAGCAUAUAUCAAGUCUACGUCAGCCGCUUUGCUGACAACCCCAGCAGCAAGUACUGAUGACUGUUCACACCUGUCAAUACAUACAGCCUGUCCAGUGUACCAAGGAAAAAACAGCUUCUUCUCUGAAUCCCUACUCACACACACUCAGUUUAUCUUUAUUGUGCUCUAACCAAUCUUGCGUCCGAAUGCAACACAAAAAGCAGUUAAUUUGUUUAAUCAGCACUUACUCUCAGUGGUUGAGGUGUGGGUAAGCUGGACAUCUACAUCUUUAAAAACAAAAUAUGCAGAAACCUCAGUGUGUUGUAGUCUGUGCAGUAGGAUGUUUAUAUUCUCUUUUUUUUCUUUUUAUUAGUCAUUUCUCCAUAACCAGCGAGAUUCUCUGGCUUUAACUAAAUAUAUAAAUCAAGUCUUCCUAGAUGGUAAACAAGUGCUGAAGGGUGAGCUCAAACUGAUUUGAAACUAGAAUCUGUUGAUAUUUUACUUACAUGCUUUUAAAAAAAGUUCUUGAGUCAGUAUGUUUUACUAUCCAGUUAAUUUUGAAGCUAUUAAAAUGAUGUUUGUCAUUCUGACUUUUAUCUGCAGACACCAGAUGUGGUUUGUGCAUCGUUCUUUAUGUUCAUUUGUUCACAUGUAUGGAUCUAAUAUACAGUAUGAGCAAAACACAUGGAGGGGCACGCUUUCCAUCGGUUUUGAAGAAGCAACUUUACAAACUAUAAGCAACCAAUUAUUGUUGUUGUACAGUUGUGAACCUGCUCUACCUCACAGACGGAUAGUUCUGAGGUGUUUUUACUUCAUAGCAGAUUCAGAGGAUCUGAUGUUAUUGGUACAUCCAGUCAAUAACAGUAGCUUGGUUAAGAAGACAUUUAGAGGCAAUAAAGAUAAAAUAGAAAAUAUAGCUUAAAAUAACUUCACUGACCCGUUUUCAGUCUGAUGCAAGUUUAGUAAAAACAAAAAAGAAAUAGAUUUACGCACUAAAUAAAGACAUACUGUCAAAGCUUAUACAGUAUAAUUGCUCUUACAUGCAGCCAUACAGUAGCUAGAAAAGAAGACAUCACCGCAGAGAAAAUGCUAAAUUCUCUUCCUUAUUUUUAUACUCAAGAAAUCUGUAUUGUCGUCAUAGUACAUAGCCAGCAUUAUACCGGUAACUGUACAGUUAAAAUAUAUUUAGAUUUUAUACUUCUGUGACAUAUCGUAACUCAUGUGAUUAAUGCUGUCAUCUUUUCAUUUAAAGCUUGUCACCCAGAAUCUUUGUCAUUUAAAUUUUACAACACGUUGGAAUGUGAAGAACUAUUUUCCUUGACCACAAACUGAAUUAUAUUUUAAUUGGCUAUUAAACGUUCUCACAACUGC